AAACAAACUUUUACUCCAUUUUAACCUCCUUCAUUCUGGCAAAAACUCGUCCCUUCAGUCUCAGAACAUUAAUCCGAGCUUGAUUUUUGUCAUAAACUCCAGAUAUUUAAAACGAUAUCUGUGAAAUUUUACCUUCAUAUUUCAAAUAUCUUUCUAAAUUGCCGUUGAAUCACUUUGAUAUAUUUUUUCUCACGUUUAAAUAUUCAGUUUGAACAACAGUAUCUGAGGAACUAUUAAAGAAAAUGACAGGAAAUUUUCUGUUUUUGCUCAUGUCACUGAUUCAGAAUGUGGAAUAUUGGACAAGUAGAUUUAAACACAAAACAACCACAAAGAGACACAAAACAUCAACAAAGAGACACAAAACAACCACAAACAACCACAAAGAGACACAAAACAACCACAAAGAGACACAAAACAACCACAAACAUCCACAAAGACACAAAACAUCAACAAAGAGACACAAAACAACCAAAAAUAUCCACACAGAGAGACAAAACAUCAACAAAGAGACACAAAACAACCACAAACAUCCACAAAUAGACACAAAACAACCACAAACAUCCACAAAUAGACACAAAACAACCACAAACAUCCACAAAGAGACACAAAACAACCACAAAGAGACACAAAACGUCAACAGAGACACAAAACGUCAACAAAGGGACACAAAACAACCACAAACAUCCACAAAGAGACACAAAACAACCACAAAGAGACACAAAACGUCAACAGAGACACAAAACGUCAACAAAACGUCAACAAAGGGACACAAAACAACCACAAACAUCCACAAAGAGACACAAAAUAACCACAAAGAGACACAAAAUGUCAAUAAAGGGACACAAAACAACCACAAACAUCCACAAAGAUACACAAAACAACCACAAAGAGACACAAAAUGUCAAUAAAGGGACACAAAACGUCAACAAAGGGACACAAAACAACCACAAACAUCCACAGAGUCACAAAACAACCACAAAGAGGCACAAAACGUCAACAAAGGGACACAAAACGUCAACAAAGGGACACAAAACAACCACAAACAUCCACAGAGUCACAAAACGUCAACAAAUGGACACAAAACGUCAACAAAGGGACACAAAACAACCACAAACAUCCACAGAGUCACAAAACAUCAACAAAGAGACACAAAACGUCAACAAAGGGACACAAAACAACCACAAACAUCCACAGAGUCACAAAACGUCAACAAAUGGACACAAAACGUCAACAAAGGGACACAAAACAACCACAAACAUCCACAGAGUCACAAAACAACCACAAAGGGACACAAAACGUCAACAAAAGGACACAAAACGUCAACAAAGGGACACAAAACGUCAACAAAGAGACACAAAACAACCACAAACAUCCAGAGUCACAAAACAACCACAAAGAGACACAAAACGUCAACAAAGGGACAUAAAACGUCAACAAAGGGACACAAAACAAACAAACAUCCACAGAGUCACAAAACAACCACAAAGGGACACAAAAUGUCAACAAAGGGACACAAAACAACCACAAACAUCCACAGAGUCACAAAACGUCAACAAAGGGACACAAAACGUCAACAAAGGGACACAAAACGUCAACAAAGGGACACAAAACGUCAACAAAGGGACACAAAACGUCAACAAAGGGACACAAAACAACCACAAACAUCCACAGAGUCACAAAACGUCAACAAAGGGACACAAAACGUCAACAAAGGGACACAAAACGUCAACAAAGGGACACAAAACGUCAACAAAGAGACACAAAACGUCAACAAAGAGACAAAAUGACCACAAAGUCACAAAAAAAUUACGAGACACAGAAUUCCUACACAGAUGUAAAACUACAUGUGACUGCAUGUCAGUAAUCCAAAACCAAACACAUAAAAGACUUUUAAUAUGAAAUACUUGGUCACAAAUAGAAAGAAUGGAUUAAAUCGUGGAAGUGUGCUGAUGUUUGUGUGUGAUAAAUCCACCCAGCAGUCUGAACCAGACUCAGAUCAGAUCAGAUGAUCAGAUUCAUCAGUGUGGUCGAACUACUUUACU